AAUCUGUGACCUUUGAAUUUUAACUAGUUUAGACUAAAUGGUCACUGUAAUUGGACAGUCAGGCAAGAACAGCAUGCCCAAGGUCUUCCAUGGUACUGAAUCAUGACUGCAGGCAUCAUUCAUUAGAUAGGUUUGACAUAUCUCUCACUGACUAUGACCCAACAAUUAAAAAAAAAAGUUAAAAUAUAGGAAGAACAGAUGAAGUGAUGUCACUGUGGAGAAAUAUGUCAUAAAGAGCUCAGAAAGUCAGUGUAUAAAAUACAGUGAUAAAUUACAUUUUAAAUACCGGAUCUUCUCAACAACAAUCAGAGAUUUGGAGUUUGAUUUACUGAAGAGUUCUUCAUGGCAGUGAUGUUGAAUCAGUCUAAGGGAGAAGGAGCUCUGCUGCCUCAGCAUUGUGGAGUGCAUUGGGUGUGAUGGUUGUCCAUAAUGGAGAGCAGUUUGUUCAGUGACCUCUGACCCUUACUGACUCCCUUACCAACGCCUCUAAAUUCUGACCAAUGAUUCUUCCACCAUGUGGAUUGUUUGUUGAUCCUGGAGGCAUCUCUGGCGCUGAUGCCCGCUCAUCCCACGCACACCAACAUAGCAGUGUCAAAAACAGCUGUCAACAUGGCCACCUGGGUCAGCGGCAUCACCUUCCUCACAUUAGUGAAAUAUGAUGAAAGAACCACCAAUCAAAGCAGCUUCUUUAGCAGAGGAGGAGCUUGCCAGGGUGCGGUCAGCCUUUGUUUGGAGGGUGUCAACAGAAAUCCUUAAACAGCUCCUGGAGGCCCUUGUAAGUGAUGGUGUUUUAAAUGAAUUGGAGAAAGAGUCAAUACUGGAGAAGAACCCAGUCAGAGCAGAUAAGGCACGCUGCUUCAUCGACACAGUGAGGAAGAAAGGGGACAAAGCCAGCAGGAUAAUGAUCAGAUAUCUUCAGACUAUAGAUCUUUCUCUUUUCUCUCAGCUGCGUUUAUACUCUGAUUCAUCUGCUCAACAAGAGGCUCUUCAAAAUUGUCAGCCAAGACUUAAAUCUAAACUGAAGAAGAAGUUCCAGUGUGUGUUUGAGGGGAUUGCUAAAGCAGGAAACCCAACCCUUCUGAAUAAGAUCUACACAGAGCUCUACAUCAUAGAGGGAGGAACUGCAGAGGUCAAUGAUGAACAUGAGGUCAGACAGAUUGAAACCGCAUCCAGGGAGCCAGAUAGACCAGAAACAACAAUCAGACAAGAAGACAUGUUUAAAGAUUCACCUGGAAGAGAUGAACCAAUCAGAACAGUGCUGACAAAGGGAGUGGCUGGCAUUGGGAAAACAGUUUUAACUCAGAAAUACACCCUCGACUGGGCUGAAGACAAAGCCAACCAGGACAUCCAGUUCAUAUUUCCAUUCACUUUCAGAGAGCUGAAUGUGUUGAAAGAGGAAAAGUUCAGCUUGGUGGAACUUGUUCAUCACUUCUUUACU